CAUGAUUACCAAAGAUGCUAGAAGUAGGGAUGCGGUUGUACAUGACCGUGGCUUAUGUUGUUCGCGUGUAGUUUGGUUAGAAUUAAAAUCAAGUGGAAUAUUUGAGUUUCCACAUUUAAAGUAAUAAUUGUUAUUGUUUUAGUUUCGAAAACGAGAUGGAACCUAUAAGAAAGAAAUAUCGUGAACGAGUACCACUUAAUAAAGAAAAGUUAGCAAAACAUGAUAAAGGCGGAGGAAUCGAUUUAAGGGCGACAUCAACCAAUAUAAAAAAUAAAGUAAUAAGACAGAAAUUAAAAAAAAGAGAGAAUACUUUUAAUAAUACAGUAAAGGAUACUGCGCGCACUGAAUUAUUUUUGACAGAAGAUUAUGGUUGCUUAGAGGCUGAUCCUGGGGAAGUAACAGUGCAAUAUAAACAAAAGCAAAUUGCAGACAAUGUGGAUAUAACUUCUGCAGCUAAGCAUUUUACAUUAGAUUUACAGUUUGGCCCAUAUUGCAUAAGAUAUACAAGAAAUGGUAGACACUUAGUACUAGGUGGGAGGAGAGGCCAUGUAGCGGCUUUAGAUUGGGUCACAAAAAAUUUAGCCUGUGAAAUAAAUGUAAUGGAAUCGGUAUAUGAUGUAUCAUGGCUUCAUAUAGAAACAAUGUUUGCUGUGGCGCAAAAAGAAUGGGUGUUUAUAUAUGACAACCAAGGAAUUGAAAUCCAUUGUUUGAAAAAAUUGCACAGAGUUAAUAAAUUAGAAUUUUUACCUUAUCAUUUUUUGCUUGCCGCUGGAUCUAACGAAGGUUACUUGUCAUGGUUGGAUGUUUCUAUAGGCAAAUUUGUAGCAUCUUUUAAUAGCAAAUUAGGAAAGAUUGCAGUAAUGACACAAAAUCCUACUAAUGCUGUGCUUUGUGUGGGUGAUUCAAAAGGAGUGGUUUCUAUGUGGUCUCCAAACAGUAAGGAUCCUUUGGCAAAAAUGUUGUGCCAUACUCAAGGAAUAUCUGCCUGUGCAAUUCAUCCUUAUGGAACUUACAUGGCAACUAGUUGUCCGAACAGAUUUAUAAAAAUAUGGGACAUCAGACAGUUAGCAGGUCCCGUGCAUAAUUAUCGCGUACGCUCUCCUAUUUACCAUUUAUCUUAUAGUCAGACUGGCCAAAUAGCAAUGGCAAUGGGAAAUGUUGUUGAAGUUCAUCAGUUGUCGGGUGAUGGAAUGAAACCCUAUUUACGUCACAGAACCAAGUCGUCAGUGACAAGUAUGCAAUUUUGUCCAUAUGAAGACGUUUUAGGUGUUGGUACAACGAAAAAUAUAUCUUCGCUUCUAGUACCUGGAAGUGGAGAACCUAACUUUGAUGCUCUUGAAUGUAAUCCAUUCCAAACUAAAACUCAGAGACGUGAAGCUGAAGUAAAAGCACUAUUGGACAAGAUUCAACCAGAACUAAUAUGUUUGGAACCACUUGCUAUAACAGAAGUAGAUGUACCCACUCUUAAAGAUAAAGUAGAAGCUGAAAAGAAACUCUUGUAUCUCAAACCAAAGAAUAUAGAUUUCAAACCUCGUAGAACGAAAGCUAAAGGAAAAGGAGGAACAGCUAAAGUGAUUAAGACUAAGAAAAUUCUAAAAGAAUUGAGUCGAAAGGAAACUAUCGAUGUACUUCGCCAAGCAGACAUGCGACCAGAUAUCAAGAAAGCAGGACCUCAGAAAGAUUAUGGAAUACUAAAUAGAUUUUUACCAAAACCUAAUAGAAGAACAAAUAAAUAGUACAACGUUGUUCAAGCUAUUAGAAAAAA